AUGGAAUGUGGGUGGUGUGAUGAUGAAAUCUAUAAACAUUUAGAAAAUUUUGAGCGUGAUAUAAAAUGGAAUCGUGGGAUCUAUGGCGAACGGGAUCGGGCGAUUAGACGAAUCUGUAUAGCCACUAAAGAUUUGGGUAAACCUGAAACACGUGUAACCUGUGAUGCCUUGAUUGAUGAAUGGUAUCGUAAAGGUUAUAACAACCAAAAGGUUAACGAUUUGUUAUGGGAUAUGGUUCGUGAUAAUGAGAGAAAGUGGGAUAAAAGACGUAAUCUAACAAAAUCUGAAGUUAUUGAACGUCAACAUAUAGCCAAUGAAGCAGGGGAAUGUCAUGCUCAAUAUGUAAGAAAUAUAGAAGAAAGAGAACUUAUAAAACGUGAAGAACAAAAAAAAUGGAAUUAUGACUAUCGUAGAUUUGAAAAUAGACAAAAAUUUAAUGACGCUAUGGAAAGAUAUUAA